UAAAACUACACCUAAUGCAAGCUAUUCAGAAUUUAGAUAACAGAAAUCAUAUCUGAGCAGAGAGGAAAGCUGAAGAGAGUAAGAUGAAUUGAGAUCAGGUAGUUAAGACAUCUGCAAAUACCCCCAAGAGUGAGCCUCUUAAGAGUGAUAAACUCGAGGUCGAAUAUGGUCAUAAUAAAAUAGAAUGAAAUAGUGAAGAGGUUAAGAGCAAAGACCAAAAGAACCUCUUCACCCCUCUUAUGUUCGAAAAAUCUCCUGGGUACAUGAAACCUCGCAAUCUUAAUGAAACAAUGAAUCAAUACCAGGAGCUGAAGAAUUUGGUUCAGGUGAAAUCACCUGUGCAUCCUAUGGCUGCCUUUCUUCAAAAAGAUCCUUCAAAUGGCCUUACACCAUUUAAUCAAAUUUCGCCAAAGGGUACAGACCUACAGCUAUACCGGAAAACAGUAGGGCUUUGUGGGAAACAUUUUGAACAGACGGGCUUGAAUGUGUAUAUCAGCCAAUCCGAAUCUGAGUCCGAAGAGGAGGAACCCAUUCCAGGAGUUCCUGAAUUUUCACUUCAAGAUUUUGAUAAAGAAGAUGUAUCGGACAUUCAAUCAUUCUGAGAUAAGAAAAUUCAUAAAAAUGCUCUCAGUGAUGCCGAUCUUCUGGAAUGUACCUUUAACGACAAUGAAGAACCGAAUCUUUUAGAAGAUUUGGCCGAUGAAAGAGUCCUUGAUAACACGCCCAAGAUAGAUAAGCAAAAGGCUAAUAAAAAGGCCAAGAAGUGUAGCAAAAGUAAAUCUAAGCCAAUAAUUAGGGGAAAAAGAUUCAAAACUGGUGAGGAUACUGAACUACCGAUCUUCUGAAAUGAUAAUAACUGCUUCGAGACUCUGCUUAAUUCUAAGUCUAUCAUCUCUGGAGCUGUUCAGAAGACCAGUAAAGUGACUUCCAAAAAUGGGGAUAAAAACGACUCGAACAGUAUGCGUAAAAGGAAAGUGAAAAAUAAUGUACAAGAUCAGAAAACUUCUUCUACUCGCAAAAAUCAGCUCUCAAAUAUCAGAAAAAGCACGAGACUUAUGAACAAAGAAGCUAAUUUGGGCGAAUGCAAGGGAUGUACGUGUAAGAGGUCAAAGUGCAUCAAACUUUAUUGAGAGUGCUUCCUAUCUAAGGGCUUCUGUGGCCCAUCUUGCACUUGUAACGACUGAGAAAAUAUGGAAGAAAAUGAAGAAGAAAUUGUUAAAAUUAGGGAAAAGAUAUUAUCCAGGAAUCCUAAGGCAUUCGAGAAGAAGCUCAAAAUUGAAGAAGCUUCACAACCUCUAGGAAUGGGUUCUAAAGCAGCAAGUGCUCCUAGUUCUAACUUAAGACACAUUAAGGGUUGUACUUGUAAGCGUUCAAAGUGCUCCAAUAAUUAUUGAGAGUGUCACCAACAUGGUGCUAAAUGUACUGAACUAUGUUCAUGUAUUGACUGCAAUAAUGGCAGUGACUAAGUAUUAACUCCAUCUUAAUUUCUCCGCAUAAUUCAUUUCAAUAAUAUU